CAAACGGCGAGAUAUCCAGCCAACGUAUCACCCCUCCAAACAUCCCAGGGCGCCAACUGAAGCUAGAAUGAGCACUGCCAUGUGAGGAUUCACACACAGCCCAUUACGAACAGCUUAUAAAUGCCUGCUUUACCGACUUUCGCCGCUUUCCUAGAAUCCACACUUGGUGAUAAUUAGUCCGUCCUUGCUACUAUCCGUCCUUCCACCCCACGGCAGCACGUGUGAUUGCGUAGUUAGUGUAUUCUAGAUCUCUAAAUCCCCAAAGACGAAACUCCAGUAUCCAUUCCGUAGCUUUCCCUUCACUUCAAUCUAUUUCAUGAGAUACCUCUCGACCUUCAGAAAAAUGAGCCCCAACUGGACCCACCUGAUCCGCUUCAUCGCCGUGGAAGACGGCCUCGUGCAUCUCGGCCAGGUCGAUGCCGCGAAGACGACCGACAUAGGCCUCGCGACCGUCGAGAAGAAAGAGGUCAAAGCGAAGCUGGUGACUGGCUCCAUCUUCGAUGGCGUCGUGACCGACAAGAUCUUGACGGUCUCUCAGCUCCUCUCCCCCAUCGAGAAGUCCGAAGUCCCGCUCAUCCGCUGCCUGGGCCUGAACUACCACGACCACGCCAAGGAAGCCAACAUGCCCAUCCCCACGCACCCGGUCCUCUUCAUCAAGCCGCGGACCGCGCUCAGCGGGCCCUUUCCGCAGAAAAUCAGCAUUCCAAAGUUCGUGCAGGACGAGACGACCGACUACGAAGCCGAGCUCACGCUCGUCAUCUCGAAAGACGGCCGCGACAUCCCCGAGGACAAGGCCCUCGACUACGUGCUCGGCUACACGGCCGGCAACGACGUCAGCGCGCGCACCGAGCAGUUCCGCAACAGCCAGUGGAGUUUCUCAAAAGGCCUCGACCUCUCCGCACCCAUCGGCCCCGUGCUCGUCGCGCCCUCUGAGAUCGACCCGGGCAAUCUGGGCAUCAAGGCGAUUCUCAACGGCGACGUGGUGCAGGAUUCGAACACGAAGCAGGCCAUCUUCUCAGUUGCGCGCACAAUAGCGUUUUUGUCCCAGGGCACGACGCUGGAGCGCGGCACGGUGAUUAUGCUGGGGACGCCGCCGGGGAUUGGGGCGAUGCGGACGCCUAAGCUGUGGCUGAAGAAGCAGGAUGAUAUGCGGGUGUGGAUUGAGGGGAUUGGGACGUUGGUGAAUGAGGUGUAUUACGAGUGAGUGUAUGGGGCAUUGCAUGGAGGGGCCUGGGUCCGUAGAUAGAGUAGAGGAGAUUAUAGAUUUGAAAGUUGCAUAUUGAGAG